AUGUCCAACUAUAAUAGCUUUAUGCCCACUCAACAGCCUCAACAUCAACAACAGCAAAAGGUGGAUGUGAAUUGUUUGGAGCAAUAUUAUCGCUAUAUAGUAGGCAUGUCGAUGAAUCAACACACGUCUUCCAACAUUGUCAAUGCAAUCUUGAACCAAAAUGAUAUCAAUCAGUAUCAAAAAGUCUACGUCGAUACCCUCGUUGACAUCACCACAUUAACCAUCAGAACAUCUUGGCCCAAUGAAAUGUCAACCACAAAAGAAGGUCAACCCGUUGUAAAUACUCAAGCAUUUGUUCGCCACCUCUUGAAGCGCUCAAGAGCCACUCGAUCUACCCUCCAACUCGCCAUUUUCUACUUGUUUCGCAUCAGACCUCACAUUGCUAAGCGCAGCCAAUUUGAUCCUAUCGUUAAAUGCGGCCGCCGUAUGUUCUUGGCUGCUCUGAUCUGUGCUCACAAGUACUUGUACGACAACACAUUCACUAAUGCUAGUUGGGCUAAAAUUAGCAAAUUACCCGUAAAAGAAAUCAACAGUGCUGAACGCUCCUUGUUGGAGAUGCUGGAUUAUCGCUUGUUCGUAUCAACUGAGCUCUACCAAAAGUUUGAGUCUCAAUUGAGAGAAGCAAUGCCCAACAACCACACCAGCAUCCACACCAGCAUGACUCCUGACAGCAUCCCUAAUACCACCACCAAUGUAAAUUUGAAUAGAAAGCGAUCUCAUGCAUCCACUUUCACAUCACCAGCAUCCAACAUUUCAAUCGUCAAAAAGCAAAAGACACAACAACACUGUAUCAUCCAUGGUAUCCCUACGCCUGAAGACGAUAAAGUUGAUUUUUAUUAA